UGCAUUGCGAGCCCCAUGAUGUUCCCAACAGCUGACAGACGGUGAAGCCACUAGCAUAGAGCUGUCUGCUGUGGUGGGGAAGAGGACGCUCUUGUCGCUCAACAACGGACUUCAUCGUCACGUCGAGGGACUUUUAAACAACCUCAUCGCGUCGAGCCUCCCCUCGGAUUAAGAUUUAUUUUUUUGGUUUCGCAGGCUCCAGUGUGGACGCUGGGGGGACAUCGGCGCGGUCAGGUGCUUUCCUUCCACAAUAGGUCGCCGUGGCUGCUGCAUAUGUCGGAUUUUAGCCAUUAACGUUUCCACUCCAGCCCUCCCAGCCGAGCCCAAAUGCCGAGGAAUGGAUAGUGUGUCUACUAGCGGCGGGAACAUGGUCGAGAGUGGCGAGAAGCCGGAGAGGGACAGCGGCGGCGAUGGAGGAGACUUAGCCAUGGCCGCGCUCCACCAGUGCGAACUGAUCCAGAACAUGAUAGAUAUCUCCAUCUCCAGCCUGCAGGGGCUCAGGACCAAAUGCGCCGCGUCCAACGACCUCACGCAGCAGGAAAUCCGCACACUGGAGGUGAAGCUUGUGAAGUACAUCUGCAAACAGCUGCAGUGCAAGCUCAAAGUGCCAGAGACAGAGAGACCCGAGGCCCUGGACAGCUACCCGCGUUUGCCAGACUGGCUUCGCACCAUCAACUUUCGACCGGAACUCAUCCAGGCAGUGGAAGCAAAGUUCUCCCUGGAUGCUUUACUGCAGAUGGCAGGUGCUCAGGUGAGGGACAGCAUGCAAAGGCUGGGCUUCGCUUCAGAAGAGUGCGCCCGACUAAGUGCUGCCCUCUCCUGCCUACAGAGUGCUGCUGAAUCAGGUGGAGAAGUGAAGGAAGACCGCACCGCUUGGUUGUCUGAGCCCACCAGGAGAGACAGUGGUUCUCUGCUUCCCGUAGACCAGCUCUCCAGCCUGGGCAAUCCCCUCCGGCCACACAGUCCCUCACCUCUGGCCCGCCCGUCCACUAUCCAUUCCACACCUUCCACACCCUGCGCUACUUUUCCUCAUCCCCGCUCGGGUUCUGUGUCAGCGGUACCCACGCCCGAUGGGCAGACGCCACACUUCCACAACGACAGCCCCCUCACGGAUCCGUUUCCCAUGUCGUUUGCUCGCUCAGCCCGGCUCCAUGGACACACCUCCACCCCACCUACCACGCCACCCUCAAAGCGGCGCCACCGACUGAAGCCUCCCUGCACCCCUCCCCCUCCAUCCCGCAAAGUGCUGCAUCUGCUCCCCAACAUCACCCUCACGCGCAGCAAGAGUCACGAGUCGCAGUUGGGCAACCGCAUCGAAGACCCGCUCAGCAACAAAUGUGUCAAAAAGAAUAAAGCGCUCCUGAAUAUGCAAGUCAAUGGGAACGGGCAUGAGGACAUGCAUUCUCGCUACCCAGUUUUACCCCUACGAAACCUUGGGGGCCCCCCGGCUGCAACCACCGCGCCUUAUACCCUCCCUGGCACGCCCACCCUGUUGGAAGAGCAUAGCAUCAUUAAGAAUCACGUACCAGUACGCCGGAGCUCUCCCCAAGCGGUGAGGCGGGACAUAGGCCUGGCAGUCACUCACAGGUUCUCCACCAAGUCGUGGCUGUCUCAGACAUGUCAGGUGUGCCAGAAGAACAUGAUGUUCGGGGUGAAGUGCAAACACUGUCGAUUAAAGUGCCACAACAAAUGCACAAAGGAAGCCCCGUCCUGCAGAAUCUCCUUUCUUCCAAUUGCCAAAAUCCGAAGGACGGAGUCCGUGCCGUCGGACAUAAACAACCCGGUAGACCGGCCGCCCGAAGCGCCGCAGUUUGGCACGCUACCAAAGGCCAUUACCAAAAAGGAUCACCCUCCUGUCCUGAACCAGCUAGACUCCAGCAGCAAUCCGUCCUCCACGACCUCGUCCACGCCCUCCUCGCCAGCACCCUUCCAGCAGAGUAACCCUCCGAGCGCCACGCCGCCGCCCAACCCCUCACCCAAAGGCCAUCGGGACAGUCGCUUCAACUUCCCAGCUGCCUGCUACUUUCAGCAUAGACAGCAGUUUAUCUUCCCUGAUGUUUCCAGCCCCGCUACGUUACAAGCUGAUGUUCUCCAAGACACCGUUAGUGAGAUGGAGCAAUCGGCGGAUGACGUUCAUGACGAGCUGGUGGAAGAUGAAGAUGAAGAGGAAGGAGAGGAGGACAUUGAGGUUGAAGAUGAAGACCCUGACGUUGAGGAGUACAACGAGGAUGAAGAGGAGGAGAACUGCGAUGAAGGGGAGGAUGAGGAGGACGGGGAGGACAUGCGGAUGAACAUGGGCUCUGACGGCGAGUGCGAAGGCGACAAGCUGGACGACCUGCCCUGCUCUCGGGGGAACCAGUGGAAGGUCCCCAUCUCCCGCAAAGCCAGCCAGACCAGCGUCUACCUGCAGGAAUGGGACAUCCCUUUUGAGCAGCUGGACCUGGGGGAACUCAUAGGGAAGGGCCGCUGGGGCAAGGUGCACAAAGGUCGGUGGCACGGCGAGGUGGCCAUCCGACUCCUGGAGAUCGACGGGAACAAUCAGGACCACCUCAAGCUCUUUAAGAAGGAAGUGAUGAACUACAGGCAGACGAGGCACGAGAACGUGGUGCUCUUCAUGGGGGCCUGCAUGGCCCCGCCCCACUUAGCCAUCAUCACCAGUUUCUGUAAAGGCAGGACGCUGUACUCCGUGGUUAGAGAUACGAAAAACACUUUGGAUAUCAACAAGACCAGACAGAUCGCCCAGGAAAUUGUCAAGGGAAUGGGGUAUCUGCACGCUAAAGGCAUUGUCCACAAAGACUUGAAGUCAAAGAACGUUUUUCACGAUACCAACAAGGUCGUGAUCACAGAUUUCGGGCUUUUCGGGAUCUCUGGAGUUGUUCAGGAAGGAAGGCGCGAGAAUAAGCUGAAACUUCCACAUGGAUGGAUUUGUUACCUGGCCCCUGAAAUUGUGCGCAAAAUGAGCCCAGGCAACAACGAGGACCGCCUGCCUUUCUCCACCGCGGCAGACGUGUACGCCUUUGGCACCAUUUGGUACGAGCUCCAAGCGAGGGACUGGCCAAUCACCAAUCAGCCUGUAGAAGCAACCAUCUGGCAGGUCGGGAGCGGAGAAGGUAUCAAAAAGAUCCUGGCACAGAUCAGCCUGGGGAAGGAGGUCACUGAGAUCCUCUCGGCCUGCUGGGCGUACGACUUACGAGAGCGGCCCACGUUCACGCAGCUGGCCGACAUGCUGGAAAAGCUGCCCAAGCUCAACCGCAGGCUCUCUCACCCCGGACACUUCUGGAAGUCUGCAGAGUAGGUAUCUUCCAGGCCGUGGCCAGGUGAUCCGCAUGGACGCUUCUUUCUUUGGUACAUUGGCUCCGUCUCAGGAAUGAUUCAUUAGCCAUUUUUAUUCAAUAUCUGUAUUCCCUUUAGCUUUUCCUUUCAUGACCUCACGUCUGUCCAAAUGGACCAGACCAGCAGAAAAAGCACAUUAUGACUUCAAAUGAACGUAUAUUUGCUCAAUAGCUGGGAUUGAAGUGCAUCUCUGCAGGUCGCUGUGGUGUGUGAGGGAUGGGAAGAAAAGCUCUGCUCGCACUUGUUGGCUUGCAUGUAUAAAGCUCAAGCUCCAAUCCGUUUAUUGUGUGGUCGUAUUGAGUACCUGUAUGUGUCCACUUUCUUAUCUUCAGACAUUCUUGUAAGGUGUAUGGUAGCAUGAUGGUGUGUGCUGCAUAUAUUACGCUACAUGGCGGGGGUGUGCAUGUCUGGUGGCCCUCUGCACUUUAUAAAAACAUGAUGAAACAAAAAAAUGAAAAAAACAAAAAUGGAAAAAAGAGCAGUCAUUUUACAAGAAUAAAGACAAAAUAUUAAGAGAAAAGAACAUAAAGUUGACAAAUGAAAGGAAAGAAGUUUUAAUCCAUUUUUGGAUGAUUACUUUGGGAAGAAGUUAUAAUUUUACAAAUAGUUCAAGUCAAACUAUUAUGAGAAUAAAGGGGUAAUACAGUGUUCCCUCGUUUAUCGUUGGGAUAGGUUCUCAAAAGAAGUGAAGUAGCCAACUUGGUUUGCAGUGAUUGUAUAUGUUUUAAGGCUGUAAAAGCCUCACCGUACACUUCAUACACUUUUCUCCGACAGGCAUGAACAUUUCUGUCUUCAAAGUUCAAAUUUUCUUUGAAUUUGAAUGAUCAACCUACUAGCUUGGACACAAGAAAUGAUGUCAUGACUCCCACGUAUUUCACUCCUCUGACCGUGCCUCUGCGUCCAGUUUGGCUGUACUGCAGUGUUUUUGUAUCCUUGUGGAAACUUAUUACUCCUCCUCGUCCGUGAACCGAAGAUUAAUUUGCAGUAUUCCGUAACGGCGCCCUACAGCCGCAACGUCUACAUUCCUUCAACAUGUCCUGAAGUCCUACUUUUUGUGUGAUGGCUGGCUUCCUCUGCCUUUUGGGUGCAGAACGUUUCAUUGACAUUGUGGGCCCGCGGGCACCACGUUGGUGACUCCUGCUCUACAGCCAAUCAGGAUGCAGAAGACAAUGGGCCGUGCAGAAGAGAGAGAAUAGAAGGAAACACUUCCGCCUCGUGCUAAAGCACAGAACUGCAACACUCAACUUCCCCCAAUGCAGUUCUUCUUAAAGGGCCAAGCUUGGCAUUACCAUCCAUCCAUUUUCUAUACCGCUUCAUCCUCAUUAGGGUGGGGGUGUAUGCUGGAGCCUAUCCCAGCUGACUUCGGGCGACAGGCGGGGUACACCCUGGACUGGUGUCCAGCCAAUGGCAGGGCACAUAUAGACAAACACUCACAUUCAUACCUAUGGACCAUUUAGAGUCACCAAUUAACCUCACCUGCAUGUUUUUGGAAUGUGGGAGGAAACCGGAGUACCCAGAAAACCCCCCCACACACACGGGGAGAACAUGCAAACUCCACACAGAAAUGCCCAACGGAGAUUCCAACCCAGGUCUUCCCAUCUCCUGACUGUUCCUGUGUUGGCCAACAUGCUAACCACUAGACCACCGUGCGGCCCGCUUGGCAUUAUGCUGUUAAAAUAAUAAAAAAAAAAAAAACAGACUAAAAUUGCACUUAAAAAAUCAGUGAAAGGUGAAGCACGAUGGAGCGAGGGAACACCGUACUAAGAGAAAGAUGGUCAAAAAAGAUUGUCUAAUUAUAAGAAUGUAUAAAGAUCACACAAACUGGGGUGUACAAGUGUUGGCCCCUUCCUGUUUUCUUAUUUCUUUGCAUGUUUGUCCCACUUCAAUGUUUCAAUCAUGAAAUAAAUGUAAAUAUUAGUCAAUGACAACACAACUCAACACGUGAUGCACACAGGGCCGUGUAGGGGUUCUCCCUUAGUAAUAAAAUCUUUCAUUUAAGAAGUGCAUAAAGUGUUGUCACUGACUAAUAUUUCAAUUAGCUUGAGGAUCUGAAACAUUUAAGUGUGACGAAAUCAGGGAGGGGGCAAGCACUUUCCACACCACUGUGUGUCCCACUAGCCUCAUGAUUGUGGGGAAAGAAUACCCUGGAAUAUUUGGGUCAAUGCAGUCAUUCAAAAAAACAACAAUAAAUUGAAUUUGUAACAAAAAUUCCAUGUGCCAAUUUAAUCAUAGCCUUUCUCUAACAUGUCCAACGUUGCAAAUAUGUAAAGUCAAAAAGAUCACGUAGUGCUGCCAAUCAAGUUCUGUUUGUUUACUCCUUUGUGGGCGCUUGUCUUCAUUCAGUGAUUAUCUUCUGUCAUGCCCCCCCGCUAAUAUCUAUCUAUUGAUCUGUACUGUACAGCCUGAACUGGAAACUGAAAGCAGGAAAAGCAGUGAAGCAUACAAGCGUAUUCAGGAGUCACAUUGCAUGUUGAGUACAAUAAAUUUGUACAAGUUGGCAGGUCUGAGCUAACAUCGAAAGUACUCCCUGCCUCUCACGCCCCCCCCGGCAGUUCAAUAUUUGAGAAGUACUGCGUUAAAUGAAGUGGAUUCUUACUGGGAUGCAAGCACUUUUUUCACUUCCAAAGACGUGAAAUACUGUAGUUGUUUGCAGAUGGAACAAUUGUCUUUGAAUGUGUGCUUUUAACAGAAUGACUAGCAGACUAACUAACUAACUAACCAUGGCCUCUUCCCUUGUGCUCUCUUGUCUUGUGUUG